UGGAACCGCCAACCGGAUGCCUCAUAUUUAUACAUCCAGUGAAAUAUCUGGCUCAUGGUUCUAGCUAUGGUUGAGAUAUUUACCGCGGAAGUAUAUUUUAAGAAAAAAUAUAUACAAAUAAAAAGACACGCAGUAGAAACGGGAUAGCUUGGAGAACGAUAUAAAAUGUCUUCGUCAAAGACAUCUUGGCUUUUGGGGACCUUGUUAAUAUCAAUACUUUGUUUUGUUUCUUGGAAACAUUCAAUAAUCGAUGUGAGAGGUGCCUUUCUAUUGGCGGGGCGAGGUCUGUUGCUGUUGGGCCUGUCUACCUUGAUUGUGUCAUAUUUUUAUCCACGCCUGAGGUCUUUGUUCUCUUCCAACACCCCAUCAACAUCUGAAUAUUCUGAGGAUGAGGAGGCAAAACAAAGACAAAAGCAGGCAAGGGAGGAGCUGCAGGAGAAACACAGUAAGAAGGUCUUCUCUUAUCAGGAGUCAGUGCUGAGGCCUCGUCAGGAGUCUUCUAUGAGGAAGAAAGAAGAGCGAUUCUACCGCAUGACGGGAGAGGCCUGGAAGCUGACUGACGGAGAACGGCUUGGGGAAGGAGAAUCGUUAGGGCAGAGCGCCCAGGAGGAUGUUGAUGGGACACCCAAUCAGGAGGCAGUAAGGAGGAGGAAACUGCCUGAGGUCCCUCUCCAAAAAAGGGUGGUCGUUUUACCAGAGGAGCCAGCAGAGGAUGCUGAAGGGGUUGUACGGGUGGCUUUGAGAUGCCCAAGUGGAAGAACAAUUCACAGAAGAUUCCUGAAAUCCGACAGCUCCUCGGUUCUUUUGGACUGGUUGCUGAAAACAGGAUAUCACCCUGCAGUCUACACAUUAUGCACCGCCUACCGCAGACAACCCUUGGUCAUUGGGAAAGACAUAAGCAUGGGGGAUGCAGGCAUUUUAACACACACAGUAUUACAUGUGGAAGAGAAAGAUUCCUCCACGACCUGAGGAAAAAGCAUCAGUUCCAUGCCAUUUGAAAAUAAAAAUAUGGGCAACUGGUUGCAGGAUCAUGGAAGGCGUCAGAACAGCAAAUCCUUGACAACCCUUUCAGACAAGGAAACUAAGUCCAUAUUGCAUGAAUUGUCAAUGUCAGAACCAAGUAUACAACCGUAGUGUACUCCUUUCAUGCUCAGUUGUAUGAAUCUGUUUCCCAAGUUUUAUUAAAACAUAUUGCUACACGUAUGAGUGGACAAUGUCGAGUAAGGUGAAGUUAUAAAUUGUUGGGUUGUAAUUUGAAAUACUUGCUACACCAGAAGUUAAUGGUCAUGUAGGAGGAAUGUAUAUGGUGGGGUCAAGGGAGGUCGUUUAAGAGCCAGGGGCUUGGAAUGUUACUAAGGGAAAAGGCAAUCGCAUGGUUGUGGAUUAGUGCGGAAUGGGAGCAGAGGUCAAGUCACAUGAAGGAACAGUAUUACCCACAACUUCCUGCCUAGCAACAAAGAUGUUUUGAUGAAAGGAGAGUAUAAAUACUUGGUGGGAACAGCCAUUGGGUGAAAACUUGGUUUGAGUUUUCCUAGUAUGUUUUAACUCAGAACCUAACAAUAAUGAUUGGACUUGAUUGAAAAUAUCAGUAAGAGUCAGAUUGUUUAGGAUUAAAAGUACUUUAGUUCAAAUACAUCAAAGAGGCAAUCACUGACAAAUAUACAGAGGGCAGUAAACGCAAACGAGUAGGAGAAAGCAGGUAGGUCUAUUGACAUGAAAGCAUACAAUCCCAAAGAGGAAGAGGCAUCUCCCUCAAUUUUAAGCAUCCAUUCCCCAAUAGUGUGGUGAAGGCUAGGGAUGUAAGCGUGUGCAUUUGUAUAAAAUACUGUAAAUAAUUCACAUGCCCGGCCAACGGAAAUUGUAUAUUUGUCCAGUGAUGUUUGGGUGGGGAAAGGAGAGUAGUCACAUUUGUUUGCGUAAUGUACAGUCCAUGGAAGAAAAAGGAACAUUACGAUCAAUAGUAUAGAGCAGGCAAUUGCACUAAAGGCUAAAACAGGACACUGUGUUGCAGUACUGAGACACAGGGCAAUGUGUAUUAUUGUAAUGUGUACUAAAUGCUUAUAUGGCACAUUUUGGUCCAUGUUAGUGCUUUAAUGUUGGUAACAGGUCAUAUGCACACAGGUUUUUUUUGGGUGGGGGGGGUUGUCGUUUGCUGUAGAGGCAUUUAUAAGAAGUAGUCGGGGGUACGGCGGGUGACGUGGGGCUCUCCGCGUCGAGGUGCAGGGUCGAACUGAAGG